CCACUUCUUUGUCCUGAAUCACUCCCAUCUCUUCACUGAGGCUGCUUCUAUGUCUUCUCUCUCCACCGUCGCUGCAGCUAUGUAAUGUCUCUCCAGCGAGGCUGCAACCUGUGAACUCAUCGCCGAUCUGAUCCCCUCCGGUAUUAUGCGCCUCUCUCCGUCGCUGUUGUGCUCUCUGCUUACCCAGUCUUGGUCGCUUCCUCUGUACUCUCUCUCGCCGCCGGGUAGUGAGCUGGUCAUUCAUGGCUCUCCCCUCCAAACUUCCUCGUCAGUUCAUCCUCGUUAGGACUUUUGUGAAUGCAAAGGUCAAAUGGGUUCGUGACUUGUAUCUUGAUAAUGCAAUCCUUAAAGAGAAAGAUCUUAAACAGGUCGUUUCCUUCAAGAAUGAAAUAGUUUCAUCUACUUCCAAAUCCCUCUCCUUAUACAAUGCUUCUCUGUUGAAAGAUCCCCUUAACCUUUCCAUGACAACCACCAAAUUUAUAGACAAGUAUCAUUGUAUUUUCAUGCAAUUCCAACCAGAUCGUGGCUUCCCUCCACAUGUUAAGCUCACACCUCAUGCUUUAUGCCUACACAAAGAAGAAAUGGAUAUCCACAAUUGUCCCAUUAACCGUGUAGACAUUGUUCAUAGGAUUGCAAGGCUUCUGAUGCUUGCUGGUAUGGGAAAAUUGCCACUUUAUGUAAUUGAUAAGCUAAAAUGGGAUCUGGGUCUUCCUCAUGAUUAUGUUAAGACUCUUUUGGCCGAUUACCCUGAUUAUUUUGAUGUUUGUAGCAUUGAAGAUCCAUCAUCCGGAAAAGAAAUGCUUGCUUUAGAGCUUGUUUCUUGGAGAAAAGAGCUCUCUGUCUCUGACUUGGAGAAGAGGGCAAUGAGCUUGGACUAUUGUGGAGACAAAAGAAGACAUGAUAUUUCAUUUCCCAUGUUUUAUCCAAAAGGUUUUGAUCUUGAAAAGAGAGUGAAGAGUUGGGUUGAGAAUUGGCAAAAAUUACCUUAUAUUUCCCCAUAUGAAGAUGCAUUUCAUCUUGAUCUAAGUAGUGACCUGGCAGAGAAGUGGAUAGUGGCAAUUUUGCAUGAGUUGCUCUGUCUUCUAGUGUCAAAGAAGACAGAGCGAGGGAACUUACUUUGUUAUGGAGAGUGUUUGGGGUUGGACUCAAGAUUUAAGAAGGCUUUGGUUCAUCACCCUGGCAUAUUUUACAUUUCCAAUAAGAUUAGGACUCAGACAGUUGUGCUUAGGGAAGCUUAUAGAAAGGAUGUCUUGAUUAGGAAGCAUCCAUUAAUGGCUAUGAGAUUUAGGUACAUUCACCUCAUGACUAAGACUCAGAAACAUCAUAGACAAGUUGAGUUGAAGGAUAAUUCACAGAUUGAAGCUUAGCUAUUGAAUCUAAAGUAGUCAUUGAUUGCAAUUUGCAAAUUUGCACUUCACUUGGCCGUGAUUGUAGCAGGAAAGUUAAAUGUAGUUGGUGUAAGGAUUGGCUGCUUUUGUAUCCUAUGAUUAUUGCAAUUAAGUUUCUUGGCAAUUUAAGGCCUUCCUUUCAACACCCCAUCAAGUACGAAUAUAAAAGAUGUGUUCCUAUGAAAGAUGUUGCUUUCAACUCUGAGUUCAGUUGUAUAAACUUUAUGUUCUUAAUAUUUAUACAUUUUUCUAAAUAUGUAAAUCUUGCAAUUUUGCAUUAGUUGACACUAAUUCUACACUAGUCACAAACUUGUAAUGAAGAGUAAGUUGGGUAGGGUAUCAAAUGCUCAUGGAACAUAUGGUAACUUUCUUUGCAGUUUCAGGUUGGUUUUAAAUUUCAACCAUUCAAAAUGCCUUGUUAAGAUUUGUUCUUUUGAAAGACAUUGAUUUCCAGUUCAGGAUCAACUUGCAUGGAUUUGACUUCUAUAAUAUUUAUGCAACUUUAGUUGACACUAAUACUACAAUAAACAAGUGUUACUUUGAACACCCCAUCAAAUGUUUGGAACUUAGGAGACCUGAUUUUAAGUUUCUUUGCAAUUUCAGUGUUGCUACCAACACCCAAUCAAAUGUUCAAUAAUAAUUUCUUGUUCUUUUUGGUUAUCACGUGUAGACAGCGUAGUCAUUUUAAACUAGCAAAAGGCUUUUGCUAUUCUGGUGGAGCUAACUGAAGUAAUUCACUUGUUAUUUGCCCAUGAUAUUUUUCAAAAUUUGUUAAAUCACACAUUUUUCAUAUGCAUUUUUCUUUCAGCGAAACCCUUCCUUGGACUCCCACAUACCAGGACCCUUAUAGCACCAAACUGCCCUCUAUUAUUUUUCUCUUUUAUUUGGGUGGUUGAACUGCAUGCCUUUUUAAUGAAAAAAAUUGAUUUACUUCUUUUUCCCCUCCAUCUACAUUUUGUUUUCGUGUCAAGCGUGAUCCUGAAUUCUUUUUUAUCAUUUAUGCAGCUGAGACGCAAGUGGUUGCGGGACCUAUCUUAGUUUCU